AUGUCGACCGCCAGAGAAGCCGAAGAGCUCAAGCAGCAGGGUGUCGUGGAGGCCGCCGCCAAUCCCCAAAGCAACGUCACCGCAGAUGAUGCCCAAAAUUCCAUCGUUCAGGCGUCUCGGAAUGCAGGCGUCGCUGCUUUCACUUUCGACCCCGAUGCGAGCCCAGAACAGAAGAAAGCUCAAGCUAAAGCUGCCAUUCCACGUGAGCUUCAACAGAGCAGACGCCCCAAGGGCGCUGCCAUAAUCACCGACGUCGAUGAUGGCACAGGCCCCACCGAAGACCUACCGGAAGCCAGCAAGGAUGGAGUCCUAGACGUUGCUCGCGACGAACAGGGCAAACCACUGGCAGAUGGUGCCGAUCCCGAAAGCGAAGAAGUACCAUACUCAAGAACAGGAUGGGCUCCACAGCUGGGGUGGCCAGAGGACGAUGCAACGGCGCAAGAUAGUCUGCUUGAUCACGCAACCUGGGUCGAGUCACAGCUUCCGGAUACUCUAUACGGUGAUUGGUAUCACAACACGGGCGUCAUCAUAUUCGCAUGUGUCACUUCCUGGCUCGUCGCUGUAUUUGGCGGCGGACUUGGUUGGGUUCUUAUUGUCAUGUGUUUCUGCUCUACUUACUAUCGAACAUCUCUACGAAGAGUACGACGUAACUUCCGAGACGACAUCUCUCGCGAAAUGGCCCUCAAGAGGCUCGAGAACGACAACGAAUCUCUCGAAUGGAUCAACUCCUUCAUGGUCAAGUUCUGGCCUAUUUACCAACCAGUUCUUGCUCAGACCAUUAUUAACUCUGUCGACCAAGUCCUAAGUUCUGCUACUCCUGCAUUCCUGGAUAGCUUGAAGCUCAAGACGUUUACACUGGGCUCUAAGCCUCCUCGCAUGGAGCAUGUCAAGACUUACCCCAAGACUGAGGACGACGUUGUCAUGAUGGACUGGAAAUUCAGCUUUACCCCUAACGACACCGACGAUAUGACUUCUCGCCAGCUCAAGAACAAAAUCAACCCAAAGGUUGUGCUCGAAAUUCGAAUUGGAAAGGCCAUGAUCAGCAAGGGACUCGACGUCAUUGUCGAGGAUAUGGCCUUCUCUGGUAUUAUGCGACUCAAGAUCAAGCUGCAAAUCCCUUUCCCUCAUAUCGACCGUAUUGAAAUGUGCUUCCUGGAACGACCGACCAUCGACUAUGUCUGCAAGCCUCUUGGUGGUGACAACUUUGGUUUCGACAUCAAUUUCAUUCCUGGUCUAGAGGGAUUCAUUCUAGAGCAAAUCCACGGCAACUUAGCUCCCAUGAUGUAUGCACCAAAGGUCUUUCCCAUCGAGGUCGCCAAGAUGCUUGCUGGCUCGCCAGUCGACCAAGCUAUCGGUGUCGUUGCAGUAACUCUUCACGGCGCUCAUGGUCUCAAGAACAGUGACAAUUUCGGUGGCACCGUUGACCCUUACGCAUCCUUGAGUUUGAGCCGACGCCAAGAACUUGCCCGAACAAAGGUCGUUCCGGACAACCCCAAUCCCAGAUGGAACGAGACACACUACAUUAUUAUCACAUCUUUCAGUGACACCUUGGAUAUGCAAAUCUUUGACCACAACGAUUUCCGCAAGUCCAAGGAACUUGGUGUCGCCACUUUCCAACUUGAAAGUAUUGAAGAGCUCAAUGUCCACGAGAACCAGCGAUUGGAGGUCAUUUCUGACGGCAAGGCCCGCGGUAUUGUUUCGUGUGAUGUCCGUUUCUUUCCUGUGCUUGAGACUGUCAAGAAUGCAGAGGGGCAAGACGAGCCUCCGCCCCCCUCGAACCAGGGUAUUCUCCGAUUUACUGUGGAACAGGCCAAGGAUUUGGAUGGUACCAAGAGUCUUGUAGGAUCACUCAACCCUUACGCCGUUAUGUUCUUGAACGGUAAAGAAGUUCAUCAAACCAAGAAGCUGAAGCGUACCAACAAUCCUAUCUGGGACAAUGGUUCAAAGGAGAUUCUCAUUACCGACCGAAAGAAGGCCAAACUUGGUCUCACAGUCAAGGACGACCGUGACCUUGCAGGUGAUCAAGUUCUUGGAAAAUACCAGAUCAAGCUCGAUGAGAUGCUCGAGUGCAUGGAGCAAGGCAAGGAAUGGUACAACCUCCACGGUGCUCACACUGGUCGCGUCAAGAUGAUGGCGCAGUGGAGGCCAGUCGCCAUCUCUGGUGUGGCGAGCACUGGUGGCUAUGUUACCCCUAUCGGUGUCAUACGUCUGCAUUUCAAGAAGGCUACUGAUCUCCGAAACUUUGAGGCUUUCGGCAAGUCAGAUCCUUACACUCGAAUUCUGCUCUCUGGUAUUGAAAAGGCACGGACUGUCACUUUCCGAAACGAUCUGAACCCCGAGUGGGACGAGGUUCUGUAUGUGCCCAUUCACUCUGCUCGAGACAGACUUGCCUUGGAGGUCAUGGACACAGAAAAGGUUGGAAAAGACCGCAGUCUUGGAAUGAUUGAGCUCUUCGCUGCCGACUAUGUUGCUCAGGACGAAACUGGCGAGUAUCUAGUCCAUGACAGGAAACAGCUCCGGGAGGAUGGUCUUCGUCUCCACGGCAAAGGCAUCGCCAAGGGUACCCUGCAUUACACGGUUGCCUUCUACCCUUGCCUGAAUGUUGCUGAUCCCGAGGAUGAAGAAGAAGAGGAGAGAGAGAGAGAGGCGGAGAGAGAGGCGGAGAAGGACAAAGAUUCUUCCUCUGGGGAGGAGCAAUCUCCUACUCCUCAAAGAUCUGCUGAAGCUGGCAAGUUCAAUGCCAGCUUGGACAAGCCCAAGGAGAACCACCUGGAGCCUCCUACACCUACCACGGUUGGGCGUCCUUCGAUCGAAAUGCCCAAGGGCCCUCGCAAAGUCCGACUUUCUCCCGAGGAGCUUCUCAAGUACGAAAGUGGUUUGCUCAUCUUCCGACUCAUGGAGGCAGAGAUGCCUGAAAGCCACAGUCAUUUGGAGGUUCUCGUAGACGACAUGGCAUACCCGUCUUAUAUUUCUUCGACUGCUCGCAGCAAACACCACAAGUUUGAAGAGAUUGGAGAUUGUUUCAUUCGUGAGCUCGACUUCUCUCGACUUACUCUUCGAGCUCGCAAGAAGGGUGACGACGAUGACGACCUCCUAGCAUCGCUCGCUGGCAACACCCUGGAAACGCUCAAGCAAUGUUUGAACAACCCGACAACUUUGAAGCUCAAGGGCGAGGAUGGGCGUCCUGCAAGCGUCAAAGUCAGCUUGAAGUAUAUCCCCGUCAGGAUGCAACUCGACCCAAGCGAAAGUAUUAACAACAUGGGUACACUUCGUGUUGAUGUUCUCGAUGCUGCCGAGCUUCCUUCAGCUGACCGCAAUGGCAAGAGUGAUCCUUACUGCAAAUUUGAGCUGAACGGCCAGGAGAUUCACAAGACCAAGGUGCAGAAGAAGACAUUGAACCCCACAUGGAAUGAAUACUUCGAGGUCAAUGUUCCUUCAAGGACUUCUGCACAGUUCAAAUUGACCGUAUGGGAUUAUGAUUUUGCGGACAAGCCCGACUUCUUGGGUGCAGCCGACAUUAACCUCGAGUCCCUGGAUCCAUUUAGACCAUCAGAGACUAGAUAUAUCCUUGACGGCAAGUCAGGAAGCGUGCGCAUCCGACUUCUAUUCCGACCUGCCUAUGUUCAGCGAGCACGCCAGGGCACAUCCACCUUUGGCGGCACUUUCUCGUCAGCCCCUGGGCGUAUUGUCACUGGUGUCGCUGGUGCACCUAUCAAGGGCGGUGCUGCUGUGGCGGGAGUUGUUGGCCACGGCGUCGGCAGGGGAGCGUCAUUCCUCCGCCGUGGUAUCUUCAACAAGAAGGAUAACAACAACAACGAUGUCAUUGAAGAAGACAGUGAGACUGUUGAACCUCAAGGACUGAGCCCCAACGGUAGCGCUGGUGCCAAUGGCGGACUUCGCCGAUCGCCUGCUAUCAACGAGGACGGUAGCUCGAACGGUAGCCGACCCCCUACCAGCAAUGGUCAUGUUAGGUCGAAGAGUAUCGGCCAGUCAUCAGUCCACAGCGCCAACCCAGGGGCUGCGCCAAGCGGCACGGCUUCCUUCACUGUGGUGGACGCUUCAGGCUUUCCUCCUGCGUCUGAUUUGUAUAUUGUUAUCACACAGCUCAACCCCAAGGAGAAGACUGUGGGUAAGACCAAGCACUUCAAGUCCAAUAGUGGACAAUGGACGUUUGGGGAGACAUUCAAGGUCCCAUGCUCACCCGAUACACAAUUCAAGAUCGAGGCCAAAGGACAGCACACUUUUAGCAGCGAUGAUGACCUAGGCGAACACAUCUACUUUGUCGAUGAGUCAGGUUCUUCUGUUGCUAAGGAGCUAUCUGUCGGCAGCGGAACUGUGACACUCAAGAGCAGUUUCCAAUCGAACGAAGCAAACUUGGUCCCCGACAGCCCCAAGGCUCACAUGCGUCGAAGCUUCAUGAGUAAGCGGGAUGGGCGAACCAGCCGGGAAGUGACACCAAACCCUUGA